AUGGCGGAGGAGGAGCUGGAGGCGCUGCGGAAGCAGAGGCUGAAAUUGCCAUUUCAGGACCCUGGAGAUGCAGCCCAACAGGAAGCAAAGCACAGGGAAGCAGAAAUGAGAAACAGUAUCUUGGCCCAAGUUCUGGACCAGUCAGCGCGGGCACGGUUGAGUAAUUUAGCACUUGUAAAGCCUGAAAAAACUAAAGCUGUAGAAAACUACCUUAUACAGCGGGCAAGAUACGGGCAACUGAGUGGAAAGGUAUCAGAACAAGGUUUAAUAGAAAUCCUCGAAAAAGUAAGCCAACAGACAGAAAAGAAGACAACAGUUAAGUUCAACAGAAGAAAAGUAAUGGACUCUGAUGAAGAUGACGAUUACUGAAUUUAUAAUGUUUAGAGACUGGAACUUAAUGGAACAAUUCUAGGACAGAUAACUGCUUGGCAGAAGUUGAGACCUGACUGAAUGUUCACUUUGUUUACUGUCUAUAUGCCUUUAAAAAAAUAAAACUUGUUACUCAGAACA